AAUGGCGUCGACGAACGGCAACAACAUCUCCGCUGUCGAAGAAAAAAUUGAUAAAUUGGAAAUAUCUGCAGAGGAGAAAAUAAAAGAAGAUGAGACGAAAUCCACGACAGUUUUUGAACCCCAUCUUUCAGGAUUUGAGACCCGGGAACUUUAUAAAAUCGCCCUCAACUUUUACAAAGAAAAAGAGGGUAAAGCCGUUCACCUCUCGUACGAGGAUAAAUUAAAACUCGUAGCCUUUACCCAACAAAUUACCCACGGAAAAUGCACCGCCGAAAAUGCCCCACCCUUAGGUGUCCUCGACGUCAUCGGCAAGGACAGGCGACUAGCCUGGCAAAAUUUGGGCGACAUCUCAAGAGAGGAGGCGAUGGAGGGUUUUGUCGUUUUACUCGACAAACUCUGUCCCCUUUUCAAAACAGUCGUCGAGGCGCAAAAGCGUGACGUCGAGGAGAAGCAGCGCCUGCAGAAGGAGGAGGAAUCGCGAAAAGUCGAGGAGGCGAAAAGACUGAAGGAGCUCGAGGAGGAGAAGGAGAAGGAAGAGGAGGAACGACUCAAGCAGGAGAAUCAGAGGCGACAGAUUCAGGAGGCCUUGAAUCAGCAAACGUAUCAUCAGUUCCGAGCGUACGCCGAGCAGCAAUAUCCCGGCAAUCCAGAGCAGCAGGGUGUCCUCAUCAGACAAUUGCAGGAGCAGCAUUAUCACAAAUAUAUGCAGCAAUUGCACCAGAAUCAAAUUCUCAUCGAGGAUCGCGAGCCGGAGAAAAUGGAGAAGAGUCUUGUGGUUGUUGAGAGCAAACCGAAGAAGGAGAGUGAGGAAGCUGCUCCCGUGCUUCUGAAUCAACAGCAGCAGCAGCAGCAGGAGGAGGAUGAUGAGAAUGAUGAUGAGGAUGAUCAGCAGGAUUGGCCGCCGAUUGAGCCGGCGCAGAUGUGGACGAGGGAUGGUGUCGAGGAGUUCAAAGGUACGAUUAGGAAGGAGGCGGGUGAUGCGGUGAUUAAAGUUGGACAUGGCGAGACGGUGACGGUGAGAGUGCCGACCCAUGAAGAUGGUGCCUGUCUGUUCUGGGAGUUCGCGACUGACGGAUACGACAUUGGAUUUGGGGUUUAUUUCGAGUGGACCAAGCCGGACACUAAUCAGGUCUCGGUUCAUAUCAGCGAGUCGGAGGAUGAGGAGGAGGAGGAGGAUUUUGAGUCGAGGGAGGAUUUGGAGAGUGGAGCUGUUGAUGGGGAAACGAGGCAGGAGUAUAAUAAACCGGCUACUCCACCCAUUAGUGUCAUAGUGCCUGUAUAUAGGAGAGACUCGCAAGACGAAGUUUACGCUGGUAGCCAUCAAUAUCCUGGUCAGGGCGUCUAUCUUCUGAAAUUCGACAACUCAUACUCGCUUUGGCGAAGUAAAACGCUUUAUUACCGAGUUUACUACACAAGGCCCGGAUCGACAAAAAAUGAACAUUAAUCUUAUAACUAAAUUAAGAAAAAAGUUAUUACGUUAAAUGUGUAUUUGUUGAACACUAGCCACCGACACGUCUGUCUAUUAUAAUGCUAGUCUGACUAAAAAAAAAAAAAAAAAGCUCUGUGACCUAUUUUCGUGUAAAGCGAGAAAACCUCGAAAAAAUAUAUUUAUUGUUUAGAUGCUUAGUAGGGUGGUUCAAAAAAUUUAUACAUAUUUUUCAAGUUCUCACCACCUCAUUUUGUGUUUUUCGGUGGAAAAAAAAUUAACAAUACGAAGGCUGAACAUUUCAUUUUUUAAUUAAUUUUUUGCCUAAAUUGUUUAUACAAUUUACGAUUUUUUUAGUCGAAAUUAUACAUUUUGUUUAAAUCUAGAAAAUUUAGGACUUUUUUUCAUAUAAUAAACUAAAGUGAGGGUGUGAGAAGUUGAAAUUUUUUUACCACCCUAAUUCUUAGGAUAUCAUGUGCUGUCACAGCACAAUCGCGGAACAAAGUUGUUGAGUUUUUAACUUUGAUACACAUUAUUUAUGUACUGCGGCCGGAAAUUAAUUUUUUUAUGUAUGUGAAAAUUAUGGACGUUUGCAACGAACAUUUGCACUGUAAUCGAUGGUAUUGUUUUUAAAAUACUUGGAUUAAUUUUUAAGGGAAGACUGGUUUUUUUUUUCUUUUAAGAACAGAUAAAAAAUUAAAUUAAUAAUAUGUAA